UCCUCUCUCCAAGACCUCAAUUUUUUGCACAGCCUGGUCCUUGAAAUAGGAUCCCUUCAAGAGACCUAGAAAACGUUUGCUCAGCAAAACCCUUUCUAUUUUUCCAAGGGCUGUGUCUCAGGAAUUUAAAGCACACUUUAAAAACAUACACACAGACACCCACCACUGAAGGAGGGGGGGAGCCUUCUUUUCCUUCCCUCCCCUCCUUGCGGAAAGAAUGGAAGAAAGUUCCAGUUCUCCUGUUUCUCCUGUGGACAGCUUGGGGACAAGCGAAGAGGAGCUGGAGAGGCAGCCAAAGAGGUAUGGGAGGAAGAGAAGAUAUAGCAAGAAGUCUAGUGAAGAUGGGAGCCCUAACCCAGGCAAGAGGGGAAAGAAGACCAGCCCAGGUGUUCAGUCAUAUGAGGAACUCCAAAGCCAACGGAUCCUUGCCAAUGUCCGAGAAAGACAGAGGACUCAGUCCCUCAAUGAAGCUUUUGCUGCCUUGAGGAAAAUCAUCCCAACGCUGCCUUCUGAUAAGCUCAGUAAAAUCCAGACUCUAAAGCUGGCUGCCAGGUAUAUAGACUUCCUCUAUCAGGUGCUGCAGAGUGACGAGAUGGACAAUAAGAUGACCAGCUGCAGUUAUGUGGCACACGAGCGGCUCAGUUACGCAUUUUCGGUGUGGAGGAUGGAAGGAGCUUGGUCAAUGUCUGCCUCGCACUAGCCAGCAGCAUCGGGAUAAAAUCGACGCAAAUGCCAAAGUGACUGUCCAGUGUUGGAGACUGAGUGGAUGUGAAAUAUAUCCAUGUUCGUAGCUUGUGAAACCUUAAUAACCUCAAGGAAACAGGCCUAAAGGAACCACUUGACUUCCCUCACUUUGAACUCCUGCAGAGCAUUUUGAGAGAACAGUAACACGGCACCAGCACUAAUGGAGCUGAUCUCUUGCAACAUCUUGCACCAAGAGACUGGACUAAAACACAUGAGACUAUUCACGGCUGUGUUUAUUUGCUGAAGCUGUGUGGGGUGUGCGCGCGCAUGUGUGCACAAAUAUAUUUUAACUUUUUAAAAAGUCAGGAACAUGUUAAUGAGAAAUCCUUUGUGUACAGUUUAGUUAAAAUAAUACUGUAUGAAAUAAUGUUAAAAACUGGACCAAGGCUUUUCAGGAAAACAAACUUUCCAAAUUCUGCACUUUUUUUUUUUUUUAAUCUGCUGAGGAAGCCUGGAAUACAGAUUCUUUUCUUUACAUGCC